GUUCAUCAAAUAAUAUCCAGAUUACCAUAAUUAUUGUUAAUACAUACUUCAAUAUACUCUGGAAUUGAUAGCUUUGAAGUGUCAAAAGCCCGUAUGAAAGGCACCUGUUAUCCAUCUUGCUGCACUCCACUGCCUCAACGCCAUUACCUCAGUGAAAGAGAAGGGUGAACAAAAUCAAUAUGGGUACAUAUAGUGGUUCAGCUCUAAGAAAGGCAUUCCUCCGGUUUCGAUUAUUUGAACAAAAAUGUGUAGAAUUAACAAACUUCGAAUAAAAAACCAUCGUCAGUACAAAAUAGUAACAAUAAUAAACAAAGUAAUAAAUUAGUGAAAAAAAGACAACGUAAAAAUAGGUACUUGAUAUGUGAUUGUGAAUCUCAUGUUCAACAAAGAUGUUCAAAAUCUUGGUGUCUUUAGUCUGUUAUAUAACUUUUGGAACUGCUCAGUGGGAGUGUGCUCUGAUAAUAUUGAUAGCUAUUACUACAGUAUCUAAAGCAGAAUGCCAAACGAGACAGAUCUACUGUUACGAGUGUGAUUCAUGGUCGGACAUGAGAUGUAAGGACCCCUUCAACUACACAGCCCUGCCCAGGGACCAGCCCCCUCUUAUGACGUGUAACGGAUGCUGCGUGAAAAUGGUCCGGAAUGCCAAAACAACGUACGAAGUUGUCCGCAGAACCUGCACUUCCCAGCUGCAGAUCAACCUAUUCAUGGUUGAUCACGUGUGCAUGAUGGAAAGUAGCGGAACAGGUCACAUGUGCUUUUGUGAGGAGGACAUGUGCAACGAUGCACUAAAAACUGUCCGAUUGACAGAUCUGAUUAUCCUGCCCCCCGUAGUAUUGUUCCUAUCACGCCUGUGCAUGAGGUAGAGAGUUUUUUAGGCCGAUAUUAGGCUGUUUUGGAUCGAAUUUGAACUAGUAGCGGUAUAUUUAUGUGAUCAUACUUUUAAAGAAACAUUGCUUCAAAUCGAAGAUCAAAUGGAUGGGGUACACUGCGAGAAGUGAUUUAGUAAACAAGUUGAGUAAUUAUUCAGAAAACAGACAUGUCUGAUAUAAGAAUUUGUUGCAAUAUAAUAACUACACAUUUGUGUAGUAAGAAUAGGAGGGAGGAGGUUUUGCCUUUGGAAAAUCACUAUUAAUAAGAUGUUUAAAAAUAAAAUUCAUCUCUGCGAGUUCCAGGCUUAGAAGCACAAAUAUUAAAUCGACAUUCGUUCAUGGAAGAAAUUAGCAUUUGUAUUGGAAUGUAUUCCAAUAAUUGAAAUCACGUGUAUUCAAAAAUAAGUUAUUUAUAUUUUCAUAAAGAUACUGAUAUGGAAUGAAAUGACGCCAGAAAAAUUUGAAGAUAAAAUAUUUGUGUACAAAUAAAACG